AUGCUAAUGGAAGUUGAAUCUGGUUCCCCUCCAGCCUCCAUGAAAGAGUUCAAAACUCGAGAAACCCGGGCUGCCAGAGCAGCCAAGAGAGUCCAAGUCAGGAACCAGCGGGGGUCCCAGGCUGCAACCACCACCAUCACUUCCUCCUCCCGUAACACCAAGAAGGAUCCGCCACUACUGCAUAAUAGAGCAUUCAUGGCUGUAGUUAGGAUGACAAAGUUUCACACAGAUGCUGGUGCCCACCUUUACCAUAUGGUCUUCGACAACGGCAAAGCCCAUCUCGCAAGGGUUCCUGAGCUUCUCGAUCUGAUCACUCUUGAUGCUUUGCAUUGGUACGAGCACACUCUCUUCAUGACCACUGAAAAGUGGAGGGUCGACACCACCGAGACCAUCCCCGAGAGGCUAAGACUCCAGAUCGACUCUGAGAGAGUUUUUCCAAAGUUUACAGUGCCAAAGGCGUGUAGGAAGAAGGCGUGCUUCAUCUGCAGGAACCAGAACGGCUAUCUUAACUACAGUAACGGUGAGUCCGAGGUCUGGAAGCAGAAGCAUCAGGAAAGAGAGAAAAAAAGGCGUGAGCUUGAGGAAAAGAAAAAGCAGCAAAGGUUGGAGGCCGAGAUUGACGCGGAAAGCGAUGGGUAG